AUGGUAGGGAAUGUUGGGAAUGACUCUGGCAGCAGCACAAUUAGAAGACGUGGCUCUGGCUUUGGUACCAUACUAAGUACUUUUGGGAUUAGACAAGCUGCAGCAACUAGUGGUGAAAAUGGGACUCUUUCAGGUGACUCGAAUAGUAACGGUGCACAACCAAUAGAUAUCACACGAAAUGGGAUGCACACGCAAAUGUCCAACCCAGUGCCAAAUAGUCCCAACGGAGUCUCUGAGUCAGCUCCUGGUGCUGCUGUAGGUGGUGUGUCAAAUAUGAUUACCAAUAAUAUCUUGGGAACAACCCCGUUUGAUUCGUCUGAGCAACCAUCGCAGUUGACAGGAGCUCUUUCUGCACCAGUUGGUGAUAGUGCACUGACAGGAAAUCAUUUACCGAUCAAUCUUGUAUUGGGACAAAUUGAGACUAAUGGAAAUGGUGGUAAUAACACAAACGAUAUUCAUCAUAUCCCGCUCACUUCCCCUCCUAUACACGGUACCAUCCCUCAAAACGGUCAAGCUCUGAAAAACGUUCAUCAUUUCAUAUACCCAGCAGUAAGGCCAGCAUCAGCGCCAUCGUUGCAUCUAGACUUUGCACCUGAUUGGGCCCAGCCGGAAGCUGCAGAUGAUGAAACUGUUAGAAAUCGUAAGGAUAAAAACGGAUUAUUCACUUUAAGAUUGACCGCAUUUAUAGACAACUCAUCGGCUGGUAACCCCGGUUUCUAUUUUGAUCCGAUCAUAAGAACUGCUGGUCCUGGUUCUCAGUUGGUAAUCGGAAGGUACACAGAAAAGGUCAGAGAGGCCAUUUCUUCUAUUCCCGAACCGUUCCAUCCAGCCGUAUUCAAGAGUAAAGUCGUCUCAAGGACACAUGGUGUUUUCAAAGUUGACGAUAAUGGAAAUUGGUUUGUGAAAGAUGUCAAAUCAUCAUCAGGGACGUUCUUGAAUCAUCAAAGACUUUCUCAGCCAGCUACUAUGUCCAAGGAUUUUCUGUUAAAGGACGGCGAUAUAUUACAACUCGGAUUAGACUUCCGGGGUGGUGCGGAAGAAAUUUACAGGUGUGUUAAAAUGAGAGUGGAGCUCAAUAAAUCUUGGAGAAGGAAAGCUAAUGCAUUCAAUAAAGAAGCUAUUCAAAAGAUGAAAGCCUUGCAAAAGAUGACCAGCGGGACGGAAUUAGAGGAUUGUUCGAUUUGUUUAUCUAAAAUAAAAGCUUGUCAAGCGGUUUUCAUUGCACCUUGUUCACAUAGUUGGCAUUUCAAGUGCAUUAGACAACUUGUAUCAAAAACAUAUCCUCAAUUUGUUUGUCCUAACUGCAGAGCAGUUUGUGAUUUAGAGGCCGACUUGGAUAGUGACGAUGAAGAUGAAGAUGAGGAAUUUGUAGAUGAAGAUGUUUAUUCACCGAACGAGACUCUUGAUACCAGGUCGAGACUAUCCCCAAUCAAUGAUGAGGGCACAUCUUUCUUUCCGAGUAUGAACAGAGAUAGCAGAAUAACACAUCCACCAAUACCAGAACAGGAAGACGAAUACUGUAACGACGUCGAUGGCGAUAUUCGCAUGCUCAACUGA